AUGCCCCCAGGCGACUCCAUUAGAAGACGAGGUUAUACAGGGUCUUCCCUUCUGAAGCUUCCCACAGAGGAGUGCGUUGGGAGUGAUCCUGCACCUCUCCAGUUUGACCGGCAUGCUUUGGCCAGAAUUUCCACUUCUCCAACUCUAAGGCGUCUAAGGAUGGCCUCUGCCUCACUGUCAUUUCAGGACUGCUCUGACACAGCUCAGCUGGGGAGUCAAAAGGAAUACACUGGCUCUCUUCACCACAUUUGUAAGAGUCCACCUCGGUGCAGUCCAGCCUCCUCACUGUCAUUGCCUUCUUGUGUCCACGCAAAAUUACUGUCUUCCAAAGCCAAGUCUGAAACAACUAUAGCAGCUCCAGAGUCUGCCAGUCCCAGAUCAAAGCCUCCAAGCCAAACAGAUCCUCUCAUCAAUGGCAGUCCCAACAAGACACACCAAAAUCCUUGGAGAGCCAACUCUGCUACGCUGCCUAGGAGACUCCCCAGUCCUAAACCACAGGAGGGUGUCCAGGUAAGAGGAAUAGGAUGA